CAAUAUACCAUUUGUAUCAUCUCUUUGUUCUUCUCCAGAAAAUCUCGGAAAGAAGUUGAACAAAAAAUCACUGCAAAACCCUAACUUAAAAUCUCUCUUUUCAUUCUUAAAUUUUCUCCAAGUUUUUGGAGUUUCAACAACAAUGUCUACUCUUGAAAUUGAAGCUCGAGACGUGAUUAAGAUAGUGCUACAAUUUUGCAAAGAGAAUUCGCUGAAUCAAACGUUUCAGACACUACAAAACGAAUGUCAAGUGUCAUUGAAUACAGUGGAUAGUCUUGAAACUUUCAUUGCUGAUAUUAAUAGUGGGAGGUGGGAUGCAGUUUUGCCACAAGUUUCUCAACUUAAGCUUCCUAGGAAGAAAUUGGAAGAUUUAUAUGAGCAGAUUGUUUUAGAAAUGAUUGAGCUGCGAGAAUUGGAUACGGCACGAGCAAUUUUGAGACAGACCCAAGUAAUGGGUGUGAUGAAACAAGAGCAGCCGGAGAGGUACCUGCGGCUGGAGCAUCUUCUCGUUCGGACCUAUUUUGAUCCUCAUGAGGCUUAUCAAGAUUCAACCAAAGAUAGGUGACGUGCACAGAUUGCACAAGCUCUUUCUUCAGAAGUUAAUGUUGUGCCUCCGUCACGAUUGAUGGCUUUGAUUGGGCAAGCUUUGAAGUGGCAACAACACCAAGGUUUACUUCCUCCCGGGACUCAGUUUGAUUUAUUCCGUGGUACUGCUGCAAUGAAACAAGAUGUCGAGGAUAUGUAUCCUACGACACUCAUGCAUACUAUCAAGUUUGGGAAGAAAAGUCAUCCGGAAUGUGCUCGGUUUUCACCUGAUGGGCAGUUCCUUAUUUCUUGCUCUGUUGAUGGUUUUAUUGAGGUAUGGGACCACAUUAGUGGGAAACUCAAGAAAGAUCUGCAGUACCAGGCUGAUGAGACAUUUAUGAUGCAUGAGGAAGCUGUCCUCUGUGCUGAUUUUAGCAGAGAUUCAGAGAUGCUUGCUUCUGGCUCUCAAGAUGGAAAGAUCAAAGAGGUCUAUACAACAACAAAGCCUUAGUCCCUAAAUGAUUUGUGGUUGGCUAACAUGAAUCUUCAUAAGAAUUUGUUUCCGUUAU